AUAAAGACUAGGCCUGUCAUUAAAAGCGUGUGAUGUAAUGUAUGUGUUUUUGUGCGACAGUUUGUUCCUAGUGUGAACAUUUGUCUUCUGUAAGAAUGAAAGUCGUGUGAUGAUUCACAUGCCAGAAGAAGAGCUAUUUUCCCACAUUGACAUGUUGUGCAUCAUUCACUGUCAGCACUAACCUGCAUACCUACAUUUCACACCAACAAUCCCCCUCCACCUCUCGCUGUCAGUCACACACACACACAAAUAAACCUCAAGAUGAGUGAAGCUCUGUCUCGUACAUGAUGUACUGCACAGAACAAGAGAAUAAAGACAAUCAGUGGAGCACAGUUUGACAGCAGGAAAAGAGCAACAUAAUGACAUCAGAGAAACCCUUUAAAGAUGAGGACCUCAUGGUCAUCAAAAAUAGUACCAACCUGCACAGCACCAAGGGUCACCGCCAAAGCAAAAGCCACUCCACGAGGAAUAAAGUCUUGUCCAAAGGAAAACCCUUUGACAUGAUAUAUGUAGUUGGAGGCUGGAGUAAAGAUGACCCAUCCUGUCCAGUUGAGCAGUUCUGCCCCCAGUAUAAUGAGUGGAAAAUGACUGCUCCCAUGCUCCAUCCCCGCAGUGACCCAGGGGUGUGUGCUCUGGGCGGAGCCAUCUAUGCUGUGGGCGGGUCUGAUGAUGUCACCUGUCUAAGCAAUGUGGAGAGGUACGAUCCAGAGUGUAACACUUGGUCUGUGGACGUGCCCUCACUUUCUUCGCCACGGUCAAGGGUGUGUGUGUUAGAAAUGGACGGAUGUCUAAUUACACUGGGAGGUUUUGACGGCAUGACCUGCAUUAACGCAGUAGAAAGGUAUGACCCAUUGAAGAACUCCUGGUCUAAGCUGACACCAAUGCUGAGGAACAGGGCAUCUGCAUCAGCCGCUGUCCUGAACGAUCAGAUUUACGUUAUGGGAGGAACAGAUGGAGACAUGACUCUGGAUUCAGUGGAGCGUUUUGACCCAUUUGAGGGAUGCUGGUCUCUCUGCCCAACCAUGUCCACCGCUAGGGAAGCUUCAGGAUGCACCGUGUUUCUUGGCUGUCUGUAUGUUGCUGGAGGACGAGAUGAACUUGGUCUGUCAUUGAGCACCGUGGAGAAAUACGACCCAGACACGGUCCGUUGGAGCCCCGUAAGGGCUAUGAACAACAAGAGAUUUCAGGUCUCUUUAGUGCUGUUAAAUGGCCUUCUGUUGGCUAUUGGAGGAUUUGAUGGUGUAAUUGACCUUAAAACCAUGGAGGCGUAUGACCAUGAGACAAACUCUUGGAGACAUUUUGGGAGUAUGAAGUCCAAGCAUCCUGGUGGACACGUGGCUUUGAUUAAGGCUGUGUGAAAUUAGGUGUAUUGAUUGAAGUAUAUUGAUGAUAUAUAUGAUAAUAAAUUAAGUGAAAUUAAAUUCUGUAUUGUCUA